AUGAAAUUGGGGAUGCACGAAAACCUUCAAGAAGUCCCUCCAGCAAAAUACCUCCUCUUUGGCAGUGUUGAAGCUCGUCCCGUAUCUAAUCGGGUCCAAAACAUUCUUGGGCUGAAAUUCGGGCUUUUCUUCCUCCGGCAGAUCGAAAAAUUCCCCUGCCACUUCAAGAAUACCUCUGAUUUGAGAUCAGACGACUCCGAAAGGCGUUUGACAGUUGUGAUGGCCGCCAGAGAUUCCCGGCUGACCAGUGGUGCAGUUGCCGACAUCUCUCUCUCUCUGAGUGUGGACAAUGAAACUCGGGAUGUUGAAGCUCGUCCCAUAGCUAAUCAGUCGAGCGACUCAAUUGCGGUUCCCUCGAGAGUCCCUGAGAUUCCUCCACGGAUCCCGGGCCCGGAAUCUGAGAAUUUUGGGUCUGUGAGGGUAGAACAGCCGGAUUGCUCAGGAUUCCGGCCCGGCAAAGGGGGCAAUUGGCACACGGAGCAAUCCGAGCCGUCGAUCAGGCCUUCGCCCUUUUUGAAUCUGACGACAGUCUUCGAGGAGAUCGUCCGGCCCGGCGUCGCCCUGCUGCCGCCGCCGGCGGCGGGAAGUGCGCCAGUUGGAGUAGAGCCGGUAGAUCGUGUAGCAGGUGAAGAGGAAGAAGGCGGCGGCGAGGGCAGCGAGGGAGGCGGUGAGGAGGAGGGAGAGACGGUGGGAUUUUCCCGGCGGGCUGUUUUGGAUGACGGUGGGAGGAGGAGGCGGCGGGAUAGUCCAUCCAGGUUUCCAUCGGCGUUGCAGUCGUUCUGGCAUGAUGUGAGGAACGGGUCAACGGCGGAUUCGUUCAACAGCUUUCGGUGGCGGGGGGCCAUCGGGAGAGGAGAACGGAGGUCAACGGCGGUGUAG